UAAUUUAUUUACUUUUUUAUUAUUAUUUCUGUAUAAAUUAGUGCUAUAUUAUUUCGCUAUCAAACUAUUAGAUUGUCCUAGAAACCUAGAAAAGUUCCAUUCUUUUGGAUUUUGAAUCUCGAAGCCCCAUAACAAGAAGAGAAAAAAUGACCUUGCUGUCCCUUUAAAGUUUAAAAUCCAUUAAAAAAAAAAACUAAAAUUGAUUUAGAAGGCUGAUAUCUUGGUAUGAAAAUGGAUUUUUCGUGACGAAUCAACGAUGGGGGCCUGCCUAACUCUGGAACGUGAAGAGGGCAAAGCCAAACGCCGAAGCGAGGAGAUUGAUAGACAAUUAGGAGAGUUUGCCAGGCAGCAGAAUAAUGUUAUCAAGAUUUUGCUUCUGGGUGCCGGCGAGAGUGGCAAAAGCACCCUGGUCAAACAAAUGAAAAUAAUCCACGCCGACGGCUUCACUCGUACCGAACUCAACAGUUUCCGACCGACCGUCUUGGACAAUCUCCUCUCGUCCAUGAAAUACGUUUUGGCCGGAAUGGGAUUGCUCCGGAUCAAUUUGGAACAUUUAAGGAACAAAGUCCAUGCCAGAAACGUUCUGGCAGCCGAAAGCUGCUUCGAUAUGAGUUUUAUGGUUCUACCGGAUGUUUCUGCUUCGCUUCAAGCCCUUUGGUCGGAUCGUGGAGUCAGAUUGGCUGUUGCCAGAGGUUAUGAGUACGAACUUAAUGAUUCUGCUUUAUAUUUAUUUGAAAACAUGGAACGACUGUGUGAUCCAAAAUAUGUGCCAAAUCCCACAGACGUUCUACGAGCCAGGGUGCGCACUCAGGGCAUCAUUGAAACUCAAUUUCGUAUCCAAGACAUGAUCAUCAACAUGUACGAUGUUGGAGGGCAAAGAUCUCAAAGACGAAAGUGGAUUUAUUGUUUCGAUGACGUCAAAGCUGUCUUGUUUGUGAUUUCUUUGAGCGGAUAUGACAUGACACUGAUAGAAGAUCCUAAUGUCAAUAGGAUGGAAGAAAGCUUGAAUUUGUUUGGACAAAUCGUUAACAAUCCGUUUUUCCGGGACGCUUCUUUUGUGUUGUUUCUAAACAAAUUUGAUCUCUUCAGGGAAAAGAUACUUUAUUCCAAUCGACAUUUGAGAAUGUAUUUUCCUGAUUAUAAAGGUCCUGAUAAAGACGUAGACAGAGGUGCCCUCUUCAUCCAACACAAAUUUAUCCUGAAAAAUGGCGACUCCAGAAAAGUGCUGUAUCCGCACUUUUGCACCGCCACUGAUACAGCCAAUGUACAAGUCGUCUUCCAAUCUGUGAUGGAAAUGGUUAUUUCCGCUAAUUUAGGUCAGGUAACGUUACUUUGAAAAUUCUUCUCUUGCCAAUCGUGGAUUUGUUCUAACAAUGUGCAAAAAAAAUGUUCUGAUAGGUUUGUUUGGGACAAAUCUAAUACUUUCUCUAAGGAUCUCUUAUGUUUUGUGUUCAACCAACUAAAAUAGGUGUUAUUUUUGCCAUAAGUAGACACAUAACUAAAUUAAUUUAUGUUUAAGUUUAGAUUUUAAGUGCCUAUUCUUGUGCUAUCUGUGAUAAAACGUGCUUUAUUAAACGUUUAUCACAAAAAUCAAAUGUGAUCUUUAUGAAAAUCUGUGCAUUAUUUACUCUAAUUUUUGUCUUGUAAGUGAAUUGUUAUUGUUUAAUGUGUAAGUAAUAAAUGUCUUUGGAUUUUUC